UUGUUUUUGUUGUUGUUGAGAAACGUGAUUGAAAUGUUUGUUUGAUAAUUAUUUGGAUCAUAGCCAGAAUAGAGAUAUUUUAAUGUUCGAAAAAUUAAGAUCAUUUAACGGGAGACCAAUUGUUUUAUUCCCUGUGCGUUUCUGUUAUUAUUUCUGUGAUGAUAUUGGCACUUAAAAAGAAGUUUUUUAUGAGUGCUUAUGAGUGUUUUACAAUGGACGUAAGAAAAUAUAUUUUUUUAAUUGGUGUAGAGAUUUAAAGAGAAAAUAACAACAAGGACACAAAUAUUUUUGUUUAGUGUAUGGUUCAAUGUUGCUAUAAAAAUGCUACAAACAUCUUAAAUUCAACAGAUGAAUAAAUUAAACAAAAAACAAAGAUCCAAAAAUAUAUCGAAAUUUGAAGGUACCACGCAAUAUUCUUUAGCGAGUCAUUUACAAAAGUAAACUGAUAAAUCGAACUACAAAUAAAGAGCUGUGGUUGUACAAGUUCAACAUCUUAAUUGAUUGGUUUAAUAAAAAGUGUGUCUUGAAUUAUAUUCAAAAUUAAAUUAGACUUGUCGGGUGUGAAACAGUUUCUAAAUAAACACAAAUUUGGUGUCUUUCGGAUCGGUGUACUGGUGGAGUGUGUUAACCGUUGGAUUGUACCAAAUAGAAAAGGCCAGCAGUAUCACAAUCACAGAAUUAAACCACUUCAUUAAACCAACGCAAAUCAAGUGAAAACCAACAUUAAAGUUCAACAAAAUGUUUAACAAAAUAGCGUCAACAGUAAAUCUCACAAUGAAAAUGCAUGGCCAUGAAAAGGAACUUGAUACAUAAACAAUUUCAAAUAAACAAAAGUUGUGAUAAAAUCUCCGUUUAUGGUUAUGGUUAUUGUAUCGAAUUAAUUAGCCGACAUCGAAACAUACAGGAAAUUAAAAUGAAUUAUACCUUCGAUUCGGAGAUUCUUCUGCAAAUUCAGCAAAUUGAAAAUCUAAAUCUCACGUUCGGCAUGCUGUUGAAUCUGACGCAAUCGAACAGUACAUCGGUUGAUAAUUUGACCGAAUAUAAAGGGAAUGAACGAGAUUCAAUGGCUGUUGUGAUUCCAGUUACCGUUUGCUAUGCAAUCAUCUUCGUGGCGGGUGUGCUGGGAAAUGUGAUAACGUGCACUGUGAUUUCUAGAAAUAAAUCUAUGCAUACCGCUACCAAUUAUUAUUUAUUUAAUUUAGCCAUUUCGGAUUUGAUGCUAUUAUUAUCGGGAAUGCCGCAUGAUACAUACAACAUAUGGUUCCCAGCAUCAUAUCCACUAAAUCAGUCCUUUUGUAUAUUACAAGGACUGCUGUCGGAAACGUCAACCAAUGCAACCGUUUUGACCAUUACCUCGUUCACAAUCGAAAGAUAUAUUGCAAUAUGCCACCCAUUCAGACAACACACAAUGUCUAAAUUAUCACGAGCUAUCAAAUUUAUUAUGGCUAUAUGGAUUGUGGCUUUUUGUUUGGCAAUUCCACAGGCCAUACAGUUUGGUGUGGUUACAACAGCGUAUGGUGGACAGUCAUGUACGGUCAAAAAUGUACUUGUCGAGCACGCCUUCGAAGUAUCAAGCUUUCUAUUUUUCGUCGGUCCGAUGACACUUAUUUGUGUGCUGUACGUUUUGAUUGGCAUUAAAUUAAGAAAAAGCAAACUUCUACAGGGGGUAAAGCGACGAAGCUGUGAGUUUGGCCGAGGUAUAACUGGACAGACACGUGUCAUUCGCAUGUUAAUUGCCGUUGCUGUGGCAUUUUUCCUGUGUUGGGCACCAUUCCAUGCACAACGUAUUAUGGCUGUCUACGGGAAAGCUACCCAAACCACCAACGAUCGAUUCCAUAACAUCUAUACGAUUCUUACGUAUGUGUCCGGUGUCCUUUAUUUCUUGUCCACAUGCAUAAAUCCGUUGCUAUACAGCAUUAUGAGUCAUAAAUUUCGCGACGCUUUUAAGACGACUUUGGCUCGUCAUUUUCACAUCGGUCCCGAAUACAAUCAGCGAACUCACAUAUACAGUGCUCUGUCCAAGUACAACGGAAACGGUUCAAUUCGCCUAACAACAUCGAAUGCAAAUCGCAUGCAACAGUCCAUGGAACCACACAUCCAAAAAAUCGAGUCGAACUUGUCGAUAUUACAGUCCGAACCGACAUCUGAGAACAAAACGGCCAAAAAUGCCAUUCCACCACAACGCCAACGAUGCGUAUCGGUGAGCCAGUCCACAUUGGUCACGUCGCUCAGUAAAAGCGACGUUUUACAAUCUUGCACUACAAAUUUCGGUGACAAGAUGCCAGCCAACAACAACAAACGAAUCUCAUCUAACAACAACCACAACAACAACAAUCACCAUCAAUCUACCCUUAGCACCAUAGCCGAGAAAUUACGUCGCGGCACUAGAAAAGUGUUACUGUUCCGCACAUCGCCGAACAAUUCAACGCCUCAGUCACCCGUUACAAAGGAGGCCAAAUUGAAAAAGGGAAAUAGCGUUGACAGUGCACACACUAACACGAUAAGUAAUAGCAGUUUACAGGAAGUGGAUGCCGAAGAAUUCGACAGUGCUGAAUUGACGAAAUUUAUGGGCGAAAUAAAUAAUGAAAUUCGUUGACCUGUGCGGUAUUAAAGUUUGUUUUAGCGUUUAAAAACUGUGAUCUGGGAAAAUUUUAUGGAAAUGUUUCUCUGUCGUUUUUCAUAGAAUUUUCUGCAUUUUACAUUUUUCCUUUUAGAUAGAACAUUUUCUGUGUUGGAAUAACCUUUCUGUGUUGAAAAAAAAACUUUUUAAGAAGAACAGGCUAUCGGCUCUUGCACAAUUUGUGCGGGAUCGUCGAAGCAUUCUACUGCUCUAGGUUAAGUGAUGUUGUUAAUUUAAAUACAGUAACAUACAGUAACAGAACAUAAAUUCAAUUAAAUAUUGACUUAAAUAUUGUUAUUGAACUUAUUCCAUUAAUUAAUAAAUGUAUAUGUCAACAUUAAUGUUACAAAAUGUAUAAGUAUUUAAAUAUUUAUAAUAAAAAGU